AUGUCAGACUCUGAGAUACCAGCCCCCGCACGCGUGACGGGCAAACGUACUGUUAACGGCCUCACCGCGUCACAAAUACAACACAAACGUGAUCUUGAUCGAAAGGCACAACGCGCCCUGCGCCAGCGCACAAAACUCCGAAUUCAAGAACUUGAAAAUGAUAUUGCGCGCUUCAGAGCUUCAUUUUCUCAGCGGGAGCAGACCAUGAUAGACGAGAUUCACCUGCUGCGAGACCAGAAUCGGAAACUCAAAUGCUCCCUCGAAAAUAUCCAGAAGUAUGCUCUUGGCGAGCUUUCGGGUCUGGGUGAAACGAUCCCCCCACACGACACGCCUGAUCGGGAAAUCGCCGACAAGGAAAUUGAGCAAUUCCCGAGUCAUUCUUUACAGCCGGGCGAAGACACCAUAGAGACACAAUCUACUCUUACUCAUCAACCCUUCCAGUCUGAUCAUGACGUAUAUCUUUCAGUUAGUCAAGCGAUGGAUCCGAAUGAUUCGAAUCCCACGCACAACCACGAAUCAGAUCGGCCAACGCUACCUCCCUUAGCAGGUGCGUUUGCGGGUCUCGUUGCAGAAAACGAUGCACAUCCCCACCAACAGUCAUAUUCCAAUCAACUUACACCGCUUGGUAACCUACGGACCACUCACGAUCCAGUGUCUCCCUCCGUUAGUCCGGGGUCAGUGGCUUGGGUACUACCGAAACACACCUGUGCAACAUGUCCGUUAGAUCAAAUUCUACUGGAUUUCAUUGCUUCGCGACGAUCUAUGCUUGCCCGAGGUAUACCCCCGGAUAUCGUCCUGGGUCCUGAACAACUCUGUCCUCAAGAUCUUCUGCACCCGACAGUCGACUUAACUUCGCAUGCAAUAAGCCGGGUGAUGGCAGAUGUUCUUACGACUUUUCCACACGUAAAUCUUCCAGAAAAGCUGGCCUUCAUGUAUCUUAUGCAUCUUACCACGCGGUGGCAGGUAUCGCCGAACAUCGGUAGCUAUGCUCGAAUGCCCGUGUGGCUCCGGCCGACUGUAACGCAGAUAACCGUUCCGCAUGCUGCAUGGAUUGAUAAUAUCCCUUGGCCUCGAGUACGAGAUAUCCUCAUUCAAAAGCCCGAUCGAUACCCAUUCGCCGUUUUCUCUGAGUUAUACUCUGAACAUGUCAGCAUCAAUUGGCCAUAUGACCCUGAAGACAUUGUUGUUGAUACGGACGAUGGUCCCUCGUUAAACACUAUAUUUGAAAAACACAUCCAGCGUUUGAGUAACUGGAUUGCUCCUCGUCAGUUUCGGGAGUAUUUUUCGGAAUGGACAUCCGAUGUCUAUGUUGAUGAGUAG